AUGUCCCACACCUUAUCCACCGAGCAAAGCCUCAUUGUUGCCGGCGCAGCAAUAGCACUCUUCCUCGUGUCCCACGUGUUCCUCAGGUUGCGAACCAGGUCGACCAAGGCGAAGUCGUUGAAAAUAAGCGAGAUCUACGUAUAUCCGAUCAAAUCUCUUCGGCCCACCAAGCUCGAAUCAGCUGUUGCGACCAAGUAUGGCUUUGAGCACGAUCGGGUUUUCAUGUUGCUUCAGGUUCUACCGGACGGAUACAGAAAUAUGGCCGUCUCUCGAUACCCUGACAUGACCCAGUUUCUUACUUCGAUCGAACAUCGCAAGGAUGGGAAGGCGGAAGUCCACGUUACCUUCAGCGCAUUUGGCAAUGAGGAGAAGUCAAGAACGUUAAGCGUUCCACUUGCGCCAGACACAGAGAAAUUGGAUCCCUUCAACGUAGACAUGCAUGGAAGCCCAACCGCAGCUUUCAAGAUGCCCCAUGAGUAUAGCACCUGGUUUUCCGAAUGCUUUGGUUACGAAGUAGUGCUUGUUUUUCUCGGCGACAACAAGCGUGAAGUCUUGUGGAGGGAUCUCGUCCAGACGCAGAACGCUGCUUUACUAACUCGUGUCCCUCUGCUCGGCUCAGCCAUACCGCAAACCCCUCAGAUCACCUUCGCUGACUGCGCACCAUACCUGGUCGUAUCGUCCACAUCGCUUGAUAAUGUUUCGUCAAGGCUUGCUCCGGACGAGCCCAUGGACGUUACCAAGUUCCGCCCCAACAUCGUGCUAUCCGGUGCUGACGAAGCUUGGGAAGAGGAUUACUGGAGCAAGGUCCGGGUCGGCAGCAUAGAGCUCAUCAUGAAGCACAACUGUGUGCGCUGCGCCAGCGUCAAUGUCGACUACGGGACAGGUAAGCCAGGAACUGGUGAGGCCGGACAAGUCUUGAAGAAGCUGCAAAAGGAUCGAAGGGUCGACAAAGGUGCCAAGUGGAGCCCCGUCUUCGGUAGAUAUGCCUUCUGGAGAGGGGCGAACAACGCACAUGUGUUCAAGGUCGGAGAUGAGGCCAUCGUCACUGAUCGCAACAAAGACCGGUCAAUUUUCAGUAAGCUACCCCGAUAA